GGACCUUCUAGUAAAACCGACCAGAGCCGCAACAAACACUAUCGAACCGAAGCCGGAGGUCUGGCGAUUCGACCCUCGAGAGGCGGCCGAACCGAGCAGACGCCAUGGACCGCGAGUGGGGCUCCAAGCCCGGCAGCGGCGGCGCCGCCACCGCCCAGAAUGAGGCCAUCGACCGGCGGGAGCGCCUGCGCCGCCUCGCGCUCGAGACCAUCGACCUCGCCAAGGACCCCUACUUCAUGCGAAACCAUCUCGGCAGCUAUGAGUGCAAGCUCUGCCUGACGCUCCACAACAACGAGGGGAACUACCUCGCGCACACGCAGGGGAAGCGGCACCAGACCAACCUCGCCAAGCGUGCCGCCCGCGAGGCCAAGGACGCGCCCGCGCAGCCCCAGCCAAACAAGCGCAAGCUCGCGCCCCGCAAAUCUGUUAAGAUUGGCAGACCUGGAUAUACAGUAACUAAACAGUAUGAUCCCGACACGAAGCAACACUCAUUUCUCUUUGAGAUUGAGUAUCCUGAAAUCGAAGAUAAUAGCAAGCCAAGGCACCGUUUCAUGGCAUCAUAUGAACAGAAAAUCCAAUCUUGGGAUAAGAGGUACCAAUAUCUGCUUUUUGCAGCGGAGCCCUACGAAGUCAUUGGCUUUAAGGUGCAUCUCUUGCAAAGUUCUGCUGCAUCAGACCCAUUAGCCAAUGUGUAUGCACUUAAUACUAUUUGUUAUUUGCAGAUACCAAGCACAGAGAUUGACAAAUCAACAGACAAGUUUUUCUCGUAUUGGGAUCCGGACAAGAAGUCCUACAUUCUGCAACUAUACUUCAAGCCAAGACCACCGGAGAUUAACAGACAACCAGCAGCUCCUGGUACUGUCCCAAAUGGGACAGGAGGCCCUCCUGGUGCUCCACCAAGGCCACCAUCCCAGCCACAGGCCCUGCCGCCACCUCCGCCGAAUGCACCUAUGGGAAUGCCUCCUAGGAUCCCACCACCACCAAUGAGCGGUCUUCAACCUCCACCCCCUCCACCUCCGCUUGCAAAUGGUCCUCCGCGUUCAAUACCACCUCCACCUCCUUCUGGUGGUCCAAUGGCUAACUUUACUCCUGGAGCACCUCCGCCACGCCCGCCGAUGCAAGGCUACCCUGGACCUCAGCAGUAGGUGAUCCGAGUGCCGGCCAGAGAGACCAGGCUACAAAUUUUGAACACUUGCUUUAUCCAAACCAGUAUGUUUGCCAUAUGUGCUACAUUGUUGUCUGAAAUUCUACUGUACUGUAAACAGAUUAAAUUAUUUAAGUGUGCUUUCAAGCAAAGCAUUUUAUCU